AUGGAAUUCGCUAUCUCGAUCUACGUGUUGCUUAUCCGCCAGCCAAAAAUGCGAGCUCAUGACAAGGAUUUUCGCCUAAUUCACGGACUAUAUGGCAUGACUUUAAAGGACUGCCUCACACAAGUUUCGGACUUUUUGAAGGAGAAUGAAAAAGAAGUUGUCCUUCUGGACAUGAAUCAUGUCUACGGCAUUGAUGUGUCGACGUUCGCUUUUGUAGCAGAUGAAGUAACAGCAGUUCUGGGGAGUUCUUUAUUGUGCCCUUUCCCACCAGAUAUCGAUACGGUUACCCUCAGUUACAUGUGGUCAUCUGGUUAC